AUGACAUCACAUGCCUCUUCUCCCAAUGGAGUAAAUGAGAUUCGUGUGGAGGUAACACAUGGAAAAGACAAAAUGUUGCUUCUCUUCCCUGCAGAGAAAAGUACCGUUGGAGAUGUGAAGAAGGAACUCAUGCGGCGCAGCGGUGUGCCAAUAGAAAAACAGCGAUUGUUCUUUGGGGCUCCUGUACUAAAACAAUACAGACGUGAGGGACGCGAGGAUGUGCGAUUGAUAGAUCUCAUCUCCAACCACAAGACUCAUGAUAAAAAUAAUAAUAAUAAUAAUAAUACUCAUACAGAUAUCUCUCCAAUGGCGGGAUCCUCACCGUCUCCCUCUACCAUCACCAUACCUCUCAUGCUUGUUGGGUCCGUUGCAACGAUUCCACAUAUUAAUGAAGAGGCGGUGGCCCAACUUCACCGUUUAGUGACAACUACAGUAGAACAAGACAAUCGCUGGUUUCGGUGUAGUUACAGUAAAGGAUAUGCACGACAGACAGCUUUUGUUUGUCGAACAUGUGUACGCAGUGGGCGGGCAGAUGCGGCACAUGCGAUUUGUUAUGCCUGUGCGGAAGUCUGUCACCGCAAUCACGAUGUGGAGGAGUGGGGUGUUCGUUAUUAUAUGCGGUGUGAUUGUUGUACAGCUGCGUGUUGGAGACCCGUGGCUGAGGAGGAGAAGAAAAAGAAGACGAUGAUGAUUUCUAACAGUAGUAAUAGUAAUAGUAAUGAUACCCAUCACCAUCAUCAUGAUAAAGAGGUGGAGGAGAAGGAGGGGAGCAUAAGUAAAGAGAAGAACGAGGAAGAACAAGAUCCUGGUAAUAAUGAUAAUAGUAAUAAUAGUAAUAGUAAUAAUCAUAAUAAUGAUAAUGAUGAGCCACAGCGGUGUUGUUUUAUCAUUGAUUCUGAAACCGGUCUUCCUCCAGUCACAAGUGUCGUUCCCCACAACAGCAAGAAUCGCUAUCCACGUGAUUUGUAUAGAUGGUGUUAUUGCAAUUGUGAAGAUGAUCACCCCGCGGAUGAUGCGGAGGGCGGUGGUAUUGUCUGUAUGUUGUGUUCCACGUGUUAUUGGAGUGCACACAUGACGCGCCUGUGCACAGAAGCCUUUCGCCGCAUUCCGUGUUACGGCGAUGUUGUGGAAGGCGAUGUUUUGGCAUUUCACUGCCGCACGUGUGAGACUUUGGUGUGUUGUCCGUGUCGACUGCGCUGCCAUAAAGACCACGAUGUGAGUGCGGAGGCGGUGUUGGCGUCGCGACUGAGCGGCACACAUAAUGAGGCCCCUGCGGGCGUGGAGUUCAGUUGCGGCUGCCGCGGCUGCUGCGAUAUUGCCGAACGGGUGCCGCCGGGGGAUGUGUGGAACGACAGAAAAUAUUCCCAAAUGAGUGCGGCGACGGCGACGGCGAUGAUGAACGGCGAUGCGUUUGUGGGAUUUGUGUGCGGCCGCUGCAUGAAUGAACACCCGUGGCUCAUUAAUGAGGACCCACGCCGCUGCUACGCCGGUAAACUCCCAACAUCCUUUUCCUCAUCUUCAUCUUCCUUAUCUAUAUCUAGAUCUAGAGAGAAUGGAAAGGAGGGAAAGGAAUCCCAGCAACAAGAACAACAACAACAAUACCGGAGUAUUGUACCGUGUGGACUUUCACCAGAUGCCCCGUGUGCGGAUGAUGUUUAUCCUUUUCACGGAAUGUUAUUUCCCGUGGAUGCGUUUACGGAAUCCGCUACGUGUACAUGCGGGCCGUGUAGAGAAGCCUACAGUCGUUUUGCCCCACGUUCGCACAUCGCCGCCGGGCCAGAGAUGAUGGUGCAAUUGCAUGAUGCCUGUGAUCACUGUGGACACACAAUACGGGAUGAACAGGCAUUUAUGUGCCAGACAUGUGAGUUACAGCAUGAUCAGACAUUCUUUGUUUGUCAGCGGUGUAAUAGACUACGAUUACAGGCACAGAUGCCAGAGUUGGGUAACACAAAUUCUAAUCCCAAUACUAAUACCAUUACUACUACUACUACUACUACUACUACUACUACUAGUAACAACAACAACAAUAAUGAGAAUAACAAUACUACUACUACUACUACUGCAGAGGAGGAGAAUAGUGAGAAUGUGGAAGUGGCCCCAUGGGAUCAUCCUCUCUCUCAUGUAUUUGUUGAAGAUACAUAUGAAAAUCUUUAUACUCUGUGUGGUAUGCAGAUGAUGCAGAACUUAGACUCCGCAUCACGUGCGUACGUAAUGGAUAACAUAGAUGCGACAACAGCCUCAUUUGAAGGAAUCUUGCGGCGUACAUUUGGACAGGAACCAUUAGAGUUUGAUUUGGGAGAAGUGGCACAGCACCAACAACAACUUCGUUUAGAGAGUGAGAAGAUGAAAAGAGAAGAAAGUGGAACUGCAGAUACGACGCAGAGUCGUAAACAUCAACGGAAUGAUGAUGAUGAUAAUGAUGAUAGUAAUAAUAAGAAGAAGAAUAAUGGCAGUGAUGAUGAUGUAGGAGGAGGAGGAACAGAGGGGAGUUCGGAAAAGCGCAAGAAGGGCGAGUAA